UGUUGCCAGCACAGCAGCAGUCCAACAGCGCAAUUUGAAUGACAGCCGCCGGAGAGCUCGGUUAUGUAGUCCAGUAACUCCGAUACAUUUUCAAGGUUUAUUAUUUGUAUUUUUCUUUUUCGUGUGUAGAGAAUAAGAUGGUUUGAAAAAAAAAAAAAAAAAAUGGCUAAGCGACCGGGGAAUGACGACGGGAUGUUGACUUCACCGACCAUCAUUCGGAAUUUCACGGCGGAUUUGAACACCGGAGACGUUAACGCCGAUGGCGGCGACGGACCCGAAGACGUCUGCCUGGAUGAAAUACUGACUCUGUACAGCCAGCCGAUAAACGAGGAGCAGGCCUGGGCUGUGUGCUAUCAGUGUUGCCGGACAUUAGCGCAGAAAUAUCGGAGGAAAGGAUCCGCCAAGUCUCCGGGCGCCUCCGCGGUGGACUAUCCGAGGAGGAUCGAGGGACCCGGGAAUGUGAGGAUCAGUAGAGACGGGACUAUAAAGCUCCACUUUGAAGACAGCACAGAUGACUAUAAAUCAGCCUGCACAUCAUUAGAGGUUAUUGACUCGCUGGGAGUCAUGAUCUACAAAGCUCUGGAUUAUGGCCUCAAGGAGAAUGAAGAGCGAGAGCUCAGUCCCCCGCUGGAGCGCCUGAUCGACAUGAUGACCAACAUGGAGGAAACGGAGAGCGACUCCUGUCCCGAUGAGGGCUACGAGGCCACAGAGGAAGAGGACGAGUGUGAGGAAGAAGAAGGGGAAGGGGAGCUCGUCGCCGUUACCUCUGCCAGCACAAUCAGCCGAAUCCAGAGUUAUCUUGACAUCCUCGGGAUAUGUUCUUCCCACCUGCCCAGCCCAUCCGAUGCUCCUAACCAUUACCAGGCUGUGUGUCGGGCUCUCUAUGCCGAGACGAAGGAACUACAUACUUUCUUGGACAAGAUUAAAAGUGCUAAAGAGAACCUUCGCAGGAUGGAAGGUGAGACCCAAGAAGAGCCUGUUAAAGACCUCAAUGAACUGGAAAAUGCUGACUGGGCACGUUUCUGGGUGCAGGUGAUGCGAGAUCUACGAAAUGGUGUGAAGUUAAAGAAAGUACAGGAGCGUCAGUACAACCCGCUGCCCAUAGAAUACCAGCUCACACCGUAUGAAAUGUUGAUGGAUGACAUCCGCUCCAAGCGUUACAAGCUGCGAAAAGUCAUGGUGAAUGGAGACAUUCCUCCACGAUUAAAGAAGAGUGCACAUGAGAUCAUCCUUGAAUUUAUCCGAUCACGACCUCCUCUAAACCCUGUGUCAGCCCGUAAACUGAAACCCCACCCUCCACGUCCUCGAAGCCUCCACGAGCGACUGCUCGAGGACAUCAAGGCAGAGAGGAAGCUUCGACCAGUUUCACCCACUUUGAGCAAGAACCGCAGGCACCGCCUAGUCAUGCGACUUAGCAUGUCUUGCAGCUUUGACUCAUCAGGAGCAGGGAAGAGCAUCAGCACCCCUCAGGACUUGUUCCGUGGUUCAGACUCCCCUGAUGGACAGAGGAAGUUUGUUGGCAGCACCCAGUCUCUGGCCAGCGGUCCCGUAGAAACACCUCACAGAGCGCAGCCGCUGAGCCAGAGGAAGAGGCUGCUCAAAGCACCCACGCUGGCCGAGCUGGACAGCUCCGGGUCCGAUGAGGAGCCCACACCGCCCAGCUCCAUUAAGUCCACUUCUUUAAAAUCGAAAACAUCUCCCGAGUCUAUCGUAGGGAAGAAAGCUCCUCAAAAGCUUCUGCCCCUGUCCGCCACCCUCCAGCCUGAGAAGCAUCAGCCUCUGCAGCGGCGGCACUCUGAGAGGGCGACCUCCUCCAGCGUUCGCCCUUCAUUGCCACUAUCGAGACAAAGCACCCAGUCUUUGCAAACUGAAAAUCCCAGUGGCAAGGAGGAGUUUUCUUAUCCAGUGGAGUGUUUGGCUCUGACAGUGGAGGAGGUGAUGCACAUCAGGCAGGUUCUCGUCAAGGCUGAGCUGGAGAAGUUUCAGCAAUACAAAGAUGUCUACAACGCUCUCAAGAAAGGAAAGAUUUGCUUUUCAUGUCGAACCAAAAAGUUCUCCCUCUUCACCUGGUCCUACAUCUGCCAGUUCUGCAAAAGGCCGGUGUGCGCCCAGUGCUCCAAAAAGAUGCGUCUCCCGUCUAAGCCCUAUUCCACUUUGCCAAUCUACUCUCUGGGCCCUGGUACCACAAAUAAAGAGAAUUCAGAUGUAACUUCUGCUCCAGCUGAGUCGGAGAAACAUCCUUCUGGUUCUGGACACAGCAGGCACAGUCUACGCCGAAGGUUGUCCAAGCACAGCAGCAAAGAUGGGCAGGAUGAGUUGGAGCUGCCCAAAGAGCUGACGGAGGACUGGGCCACCAUGGAGGUCUGUGUGGACUGCAAGAAGUUCAUCACGGAGAUCAUCUCCUCAAGCAAACGCAGCCUGUCUGUGGCCUCCAAGAGGGCGCGAAUUAACCGCAGGACUCGGUCCUUCUACAUGUCAUCGUCCAGGUCGAUCAACUUCACGCCCUCGGAGCACACCAUCAGUGAGGUGUAGAAUAUAGGACCCCCCCGCGUGCACUUUGGUUCAUGCCUCUUCCAGUUUUUGGACAUUUAAUGAAAAUCCCCCCACAGUUUUAAGAUGUUAAAAGUGUUAAGAGGUUCUCCUCUCAGGUAAAGUUGCUGUUAUUGUACCGAACGUGUCAAAACUCUAAAAAACAGAAACGUUCUCGUAGGAGGCAGCAACGGUUUGUUGUAUUUUAAAUAAAAUAAG